UCAUUGGAGGGGAUGAGGGGGUCAUUUAGGAGGGACAUUUGUUCAUAAGGAACCAGAGGGUUUCCUGUAUGAAGGCCAAGAAGGGCAAAAGCUACAAGGAAGGUACAGUUUUUUGUUGGACUAAAAAAUAGACUGAAAUCCUUUACUGGCAGACUUGCUCCCAAAUGAGGGUUUUUCUCUGGUCGUCCUUGGAAAUAUUCCUUUUGGAUUUAUUUGUGACACUUUAGGGCUUUUACGGAUAUAUAUGGAAUCUGAAGUUUUGAACUUCUUAUUUUGGUCUGGGCUCCCAUGCCUUGUUUUCAAUGACCAGUAAUAAAACGGCUAAAAUUCUGCUUCACAGAAAUGAACUUGAAGCAGCGGAGGCAUGCAGCUGGCUACGGGCGGCUGGUUUUCCGCAAUAUGCACAGCUGUAUGAAGAUGGCCAAUUUCCCAUUGACAUCACAGCUGUUAAAAACGAUCAUGAUUUUUUGGAUGAAGACUCAUUGAAAUCAUUAUGCAGGAGACUGAAAGCUCUGAACAAAUGUGCCUCUUUGAGGCUCGAAGUGCAUUUCCAGCACAAGCAGAGCGAGGACUCGGAGGAUGAUGACCUCUGUGCAAUAAGUGACCGGUGGGCAUUUCAGCGGGACAGUAAAAGAUGGUCUAGGUUAAAUACUCUCACGCCACCAAUGACCCCAAAAAUGGGUGUUUCCUCAGCAACUGAGAGGACCUCAGCAAGCUCUGAGAGUAUCCUGAGUGACUUUAGUGACCUUGACACCACCUCAAUCCAGAGCAGCAGUAGUCUGAGUAGCAGUACCAGAGGAACAUCUUCCAGUUUGGUGACCAUGACCAAACGACUGACCUCCUCAGACUCCCCUAACAGGUCAACCCAUAGCAAUCAAGCAGACGGUUCUUCAAAAGGCCAGUUGUAUGUCGAAGAGAAGGCGAAGAGGUGUUCCAGAAACAUUUUGAAGAGAUUAGACUCAUUCCGGAAGAAGAAUAAAGAAAGGGAGAAAAUGAUUGUGAAGGAGAAAGAUGUGAAACAAGAGGUUCCGCAAGCUGAUGUUAGUUUGCAUUGUACACAGACUUUGCCUGGUUUGAAACCAACCUUUCGUGAGAAAAGCAGCUUAGCGGACUACAGAAAGGCUUAUACAAUUUGUAGGACUACUGCAAGACGAUCCUUUACAGAUGAGAGAAUUAAACCAAAAUAUAAGGGAUUCUAUUUGGAGGAUUACGAGAUGUACCUAAAGGUAGCAAAUUGGACAAAGCAUUCAAGCAAACUUGGGAAUAGACGAGAGAGUUGUUUGGUUCAUCUUCCAACUGGCCACAAGCCAGGCACCUUUCCCAAGUCACUUUCUAUUGAAAGCUUGUGUCCUGAACGCCAUAAUGACUCAAAUAGGUGGCAAAUGGACAACACCGAUAUCUCUAUGGCUAGCACUAGUGAAUCCCAGGACUUUGCAGGGUUUCAACUGAGGAGAAAUUCCUGUACUUCUGUAGGGAGUGUAUAUGAUAAUGUGCCGGAGGCAACCAAGAGCACUGAAGACCUUAACUUGGAAGGAGACCAGGUUUUCCAACACCUGGAUGAUAUCCUUGAGCAUGUUCAUGGCCUUCAGCAUAGCAUAGACGUGUGGUCGAGGAGAAUCUGUCUAGACCUGGAAGACAGCGAGCUGGAUGGAAAAUCUGAGGAGCAGGUUGAAACCGCAUAUCCUUCAAGCCUGCAUUUUGAAGAGCAGUCUAUGUCGGACAUUGGCACAGCAGCAAGUGACUAUGGCAGUACCGGAAAUUCGCUGAAUGAAACAGAGGAUAUUGACAUGAGAGAACGACGAGAUUCUGGAGUGGGUGCCUCUUUAACCAGACCCAGCAGGAAACUGAGGUGGCACAGUUUUCAAAACUCGCAUAGACCCAGCCUGAACUCAGCCUCACUGGAAAUAAAUCGGCAGUCAGCUGCACAGCUCAAUCUUCUGCAGAAAUUCUCCUUGCUGAGACUGACAGCGAUUAUGGAGAAAUACUGUGCGGGUAGUAAACUUGCCUGGAGCUGGACUAUUCCAAAGUUUAUGAGGAGGAGCAAGAUUCCAGACUACAGGGACAGGAACGUCUUUGGGGUUCCACCCAUCCUGAAUGUCCAGCGGAGUGGCCAGCCACUGCCUCAGAGCAUUCAGCAAGCGAUGCGCUACUUGCGUAGCCGAUGCUUGGACCAGAUUGGCAUUUUCCGCAAGUCUGGUGUGAAGACCCGGAUCCAUUCUCUGAGACAGCUGAAUGAAAGUUCCCCAGAUCAUGUGAGCUACGAAGGCCAGUCAGCCUAUGAUGUGGCAGAUUUGUUGAAGCAGUACUUCAGGGACCUACCAGAACCUGUCUUUACCAGCAAGCUAACAGAAGCAUUCUUACAAAUUUACCAGUAUGUCCCUAAGGACCAGUGUUUGCAAGCGGCUCAGGCCGCGGUCAUCCUGUUGCCAGAUGAGAACCGGGAAGUGCUGCAGACUCUGUUGUACUUCCUUAGUGACAUUGCCUCUGCUCAAGGCAACCAGAUGACGGCCGGCAACUUGGCCGUGUGCCUGGCCCCCUCCGUCUUUCACCUCAACAUCUCGAAGAGAGAAGGCAAUUCGCCCAGGGUGAAGCACAGGAGAGGUGUUGGCGGCAAGCCAGAUCAAAGGGAUUUAAAUGAGAACAUGUCUGCUACUGAAGCACUCAGCCAUAUGAUUGUGGAGUGCAAGAAGCUCUUCCAGAUUCCACAGGAUAUGAUGCUGCAGUCUCAGAACUCUUAUGUUGCUGCUGACGCCCAGCCUCUUCCACUCCACGGCACGGGCAUCAAUCUGAAGGGAGAGCCUGCAGAUUACAGGGCCUAUCUGGAGGACAGUAUUCAGUGCCUGCGGCGGGAGAUGACAGAAAAGAGCAAAAAAUGGCAUAUCAAACCUGCCCCUGAUAACACUGAACUCUCUUACAGGAAGGUUGGGAACGGCCACCCUUUUCGCCUGUGGAAGUCAUCCACAGACGUCGAGGCUCCACCCACUACCGUGUUGCACAGAAUUUUGCGGGAGCGCCAUCUAUGGGACGACGACUUAUUGCAUAGCCGCGUGGUUGAGGCACUUGAGGAGAACACAGAGGUGUUUCAGUACGUGACUGACAGCAUGGCACCUCACCCUCGGAGGGACUUCGUUGUUUUGAGAAGGUGGCACACAGACCCAGUGCAGGGGUUCUGCCUCUUGGUCUCCUCCUCUGUGGACCACAACAAAGGACCUCUGGAGGUUGGCCUUCGGGCUGUGCUGCUUACCUCUCGCUGGCUAGUUGAGCCGUGUGGAGCAGGACGCUCAAGGCUGACCCACUACUGCAGGGCUGACCUUAGAGGGCGUUCCCCAGAAUGGUACAACAAAGUUUUCGGCUAUCUUUGUGCUGUAGAGGUUGCCAAGAUCCGAGACUCUUUUCCUGUCUUUACAGUUCGCGGACCAGAGACAAAACUGUGAUCGAGAUUUUUUCACUGUAAUUAGGGAUCCAAGUAGCGUUAGCUGCUGGAUCCCUGUUGUUUUUUUUAAAUGCAUUUGUAUUAUGGGCAACAUAAUUCUACUGAAUAGUCUGGAGAUCCAUCCAUGUUCAGUAGCUGCUUGUCCUAUUCAGGGUUGCGAGGGUCUAGAGCCUUUCCUGGAGGCUAUGGGCACAAGAUAGGGAAUAACCCAGGAUGGGGCACCAACCCAUUGCAGGGCACACUCACACACCCUAUACUCACACACCCUAUAC